AUCCCCGCAUCGUAGAUGAAUGGAUUCAGGGCCUUGAGUUUAUCUUUGAGGUCAUGGAUUGUCCUGAUAGAUAUCGCGUAGUCUGCGCUCAGCUUCAGCUCACCGGUGAUGCUCGACUCUGGUGGAACGCUUACUGGAGCAUGCGUCCCGGCGAGAAGGCGGGAUGUACAUGGGAGAGGCUCGAGGAGCUAAUCCGUGAGAAGUACUACCCCACUUAUUAUCGGGCAGAGAUGGAGCGUCAGUUCUUAUCGCUCCAGCAGGGUACUCGUACUGUUGAUGAGUACGAGAGAGAGAUUACUAGACUUGCAGCUUUCGUUCUGGACCUGGUUCGCACGGAGGCCCAGAGAGCACAACGUUUCAUCGACGGGCUUUACCCAGCAGUCCGUCACAAUAUUGUAGGUCAUGGGACACAGACAUACGCUCGUGCAGUUUCUAUUGCCCAGGAGGUGGACGCCAGUAUUAGGAGCGAGGCUGUCCGUGAUCGUGCUCAGCCAUCCGCCCCAGUUCAGCCAUUCACAGCUCCGCCAGCUCUACCAGCUGCUCAGCCGGCAAAGGAGAAGAAGAUGAAGGGGAAGGGUGCUCAGACCGACAGGAGGACCCGACAGAGACAGCAGCAGGUUCCACCGUGCCCGACUUUUGGACGACUUCAUCGUGGAGAGUGCCAUAUGAGUCAAGACAUUUGUUACUACUGCCACGAGCCUGGACAUUUUGUGAGUCGCUGUCCGAAGAGACUUCAGCAGCAGCCCCAGCAGCCUCAGCAGCAGCAGCCAC